AUGGUUAAACAGUGGCCUAAAGUUACAUUUUUUAUAAUCGGCAACGAAUUUUGCGAACGAUUUUCCUUCUAUGGAAUGCGUGCUGUUUUAACGCUUUACGCCAUAAAUGUAUUACGGUUUAGUUCUGCUAAGGUGAUCUAUAUUUAUCACGGUUUUAUCGCUCUUUCUUAUGGCACACCAAUUCUGGGUUCUAUUUUGGCCGACGGAUAUAUUGGCAAAUUUUGGACUAUUCUUCUGAUAUCAAUGGUUUACAUACUUGGUCAACUGAUAUUGACAAUUUCUUCAGCAUUUGAUUUCUCAGUAUCACUACAUCCAACGCUUGACAUACUUGGUCUAGCUUUGAUCGGGAUAGGCACCGGAGGAAUUAAACCAUGUGUAGCCGCAUUUGGCGCAGAUCAGUUCAAUCCGAAUCACACUAAGAUGGUUUCAGCUUUUUUUGCAGUUUUUUAUUUUUCACUGAAUGCUGGAUCCGCGGCUUCUAUGUUUAUCACGCCUGAACUUAGAGCGAUUCGAUGUGGUGGUCACGAAAGUUGCUUCCCGUUGGCAUUUGGAUUACCAGCUGCUCUGAUGUUAACAGCAACCAUUCUGUUCGUUUUGGGUUCACCAAAAUACAAGAAUUUACCGCUACAAGAAAAUGCUAUUUUCCGUGUUGCAGAGAUGAUUUAUGUUGCUCUAAAAAAUAAAUCUUGUUCGAAAAUAAAACGAGAACACUGGUUGGAACAUUAUCUAGAUCAACAUCGGUGUGAAACAGAUCGAGCAUGCAAAGCGUUGCUGCAGAGCGGGCAAUCAAAACAAUGUGCUCAGACGAAGUUUCUGGGGUAUGUGACAAAUUUGUGCAGAGUAAUAAACAUGCUUUUGCCGCUAGUGGUAUUCUGGGCAUUAUACGAUCAACAGGGAUCAAAAUGGACAAUGCAAGCGCUUGCAAUGGACGGUAACAUAACAGACUCGUUUAUGAUACUACCAGAUCAAAUGGGCCUCUUAAACAGUUUUAUAGUGCUGCUCAGUAUUCCUUUAUUUCAAUUUGUGGUAUAUCCACUCAUUGAGAAAUUCGGGAUCAAAACAACGCCUUUAAGGCGAAUGGCUGCAGGAGGCUUUUUGACUUCAGCAGCCUUUGUAAUCUGUGCCGUUCUACAGUUUCAAAUUGAAGAGACGCUUCCAAUAAUACCAACGUCAGACACGGCAUAUGUCUCUUUCAUAAAUGUCUACAAAAACUGUUCUGUUACUGUCACAGAUUUUGAUGGUCUUGAAAAAAAAAUCGGACCUGACAAGUCCUUGGUCGAUGACGUUACAAACAGGAAUUUAGAACUUUUUCGUGUAAAAGUUGGUCAAGCAGCAGAUUCAGAAUUUCUUAUCAAGUUUGACAUUAACUUGCUGAUUCCUUGCUCUAAUGUCUCACCAGUAGCUGUGCAAUACGGGUGUCUUUCAGCAAGCUCUUCAGAAGCAUAUGCUGGAGGAAUUGCGCUGUGUAGAGUUCAAAAUGACAACAGUUCUGCCUGCAAUUUUGACACAAACUGGGAGUCGGUUUACUGGUCGUCGUCAACAGCGCAGAGGAAAGAUGUGGUAACUGACAAAAUGUCACCCAAUUUUACGUCAACUGUUUACAGUUAUAAAGAUAUCCGAGCGGGAAGAUAUCACAUUCACUACAUUCCCAACAACGUAAGUAGCACUUUACCUGAUCUGUUAAAUGAGUCUGCUGUACAUUUGAAAGGUGUGGUGGUUGAAAUUCAGGGAAUGGGUGGCGUUUAUUCCUUGACAAUUACCUCAGAUGAAGAAAAAACCAGUGGCGAUAAUCUGACUACCUCGGCUACUAUGCAUACAAUUAUUUUCAAAAAUCAUCUCAGCAUACUGUGGCAGAUUCCACAAUACGCGGUCAUAACUUUUGCUGAAGUGCUCAUUAUAAUGACCGGUAUUGAAUUUGCUUACUCUCAGGCUGCUCCAGUGCUAAAGUCUGUGGUACAAGCAGUUUGGCUUUCUAACGUAGCCUGCGGAGAUAUGCUAAUUAUCAUUAUCGAGUCACUGCAUUUGUUUGAAAAUUUGGUCACUGAGAUGCUGGUCUAUGCAGUGAUAAUGUUUUUGGUGGCUAUCGCCUUUUCCUUGAUGGCAUUCUUUUAUUACGAGUACGCUCAUUACAACACCGAAGAUGUUCAACAUGUGGAACUGAAAAAUUUGAGAUCUGAUUAG